GACGGAGUGUGUGGAGACAGGCAGCGAGUGAGUGAGUGAGUGAGUCGCAGGUAGUGCUGGAGGUCCUACAACGUUACAGCUACGUGAGAUCAAAGUGAUGCAGCUUCGUUUCAGCUUUCCCCGUGUUCUGACACCAGGAUUUGCAGCACCUCGAUGCAUUGACUUGUCGUGCAUGUAGCUUUCCGACACUGUUGUGUUCCCUCCCUCCCUCUCGCCCUCCCUCUCUCGGCCUAAGUGGAAGUGGAAGUGGAAGCUUGAGUGACGCGCAGUGCCAUGGCAACUGGGUGGAUGAGGUCUGGGCAUGGGUUUCGAGUGGCUCCCUAGCUCUUCUUACAGCGGGACCGAGUUUGGGAAGGCGUGGAGUGGAGUGUGAACAUCGCUGACAGGAAGGCAGUUGCAGGGAGGGAGGGAGGGAGUGGCGACGAGCUGAGGAUGCCUUGGUUGUGUUCGGUUUCGGGCUUUGAGUGGGGCAUGGAGGAGCAGAGGAAGGAGCAAGAGUCUCGAAUGAGGUGGAUGAGAUCGCAGGUGGAACUCCGUUCCAGGCAGGGUUGAUUUGCAGGACUAGAGAGUCAGUCGACUCUGGGGUCGACACACCAUCGGCCAGGCGAUAGUAAAUAUGAAGAGUGGCUGUUGCGAGCAGCAGGUGAUUGGAUCGUCCUCAGUAGUAGUUCACGCCAAGGUUAGACCUUCUGCUUUGGUUCCGGUGCUGGCGUGAGGCAUCUCUAGCAGAUUCAGGUGGGGCGGGUGGUCUUCGGUUGGCAACUACUCCGAGGAGCCGGGUCCAUUUGGCAGUCUGUAGUUUGUUGCUAUGGCGAUGGAGAUUGGAGGCUUACUCACCAGUGCUGGGAUCAAUAUUGGGCUGGCAGCUCUGUUUUUGUUGAUGUACUCAGUGUUCAGCAAGCAGCCGAACAAUGCUGGAGUAUACUUCGGUAGAGAUUUGCUACGACAGAGGAAACUGAAUAAGCUGAGGGAGCGGACGCUCGAAAGCUUCAUACCCUCGGUGGGAUGGAUCGUCAGAGCUUGGAGAUUCACAGAGGCGGAAGUCUUAGAGACGGCAGGACUGGAUGCCUUGGUGUUUUUGAGGGUCUUCAAUCUGAGCACCAAGCUGUUUGCGAUCUGUGCUUGCCUGGGAGCAAUUCUCGCUCCCUUGUACUACACUGUCAAGCAUGACAGCCCAUCUCAAAUCUACACGGAGUCCUUUGAUCACUUCACCAUAUUAAAUCUCAACCACGGCUCCAAACGAUAUUGGGUCAUCUUCGGUUCUGUUUACUUCAUCUCAUUCUGCGCAUACAUUCUGCUGUAUCUCGAGUACAGCAGCAUCACUAAGAAACGCCUGGAGUAUCUGCAUAAUGCUCGGCCUCAGCCUGACCAGUUCAGUGUCCUUGUUCGCGCAAUACCAAAGCCUUCUGAAGGCAAGAGUCACAGCGAUAUGGUGGAAGAGUUCUUCACGGAGUACCAUCCUGGCUCCUACACAUCUCAUCAGAUGAUUUACAACGCUGGCCACAUUGAAAGCAUGAUUCAUAAAUUCGAGCUGUUGCAAGAUGAAAUCGGCUGGAUGAAGAAACUGGACCCCAGUAAAAGGAAGCCGAAACGAGCUGGCUUGUGUGGACUAUAUGGCCCUAAGAUAGAUCCCAUAGAGAGGCUGACAGCGAAGCUAGAAGAUUUGCACGGGAAAAUUCGACAAGCUCAGCACGACGUUCUUCACAAGAAUAAGGAGAUUCCUGCUGCCGUCGUGACCUUCAGGAACAGGCGGGGUGCAGCCGUCGCAGCGCAAAGCCAGCAAGCAGAAAAUCCCAUGUCGUGGGUGACAGAAUGGGCUCCCGAACCGAGAGAUGUAUACUGGCCAAACCUCUCGGUGUCCUUCUCCCAGCUGUGGAUCCGACAGAUAUUUGUCGGGGUCCUGGUGUUCCUCACGACGAUCUUGUACACCAUUCCGAACGCAUUCGUGCAGGGUGUUGGGAACAUCAACAUUUUGAAGAAUUGGAAAUACAUGCCCAAGAUCGUGGUUGUAAUCCUAGAUUUUCCCGGAGUGGCCUGGUUUGUCGAGGGAUAUCUGUCGACCUUGCUGCUGGCUGCUCUGCUAUACUUCAUCCCUCCGAUGCUUCUGGCCCUUUCGCAGCUCGAAGGUCCGUCAUCCAAGAGCAACCAAGAGCGGAAUGCUGCUGCGAAGUUUUUCUACUUCCUGGCAGGCCCUGUAUUUUUCAUCCAAGUCCUGUCGGCGUCCGUGUUGGACGAGGUCGAGUUUCUGACGGAUCCCGCAGAGAUCCCCUUGCGCCUUGCUUCCGACAUUCCGAGGCAAGCUACUUUCUUCAUGUCAUACAUCAUGACCACGGGAUGGGCUGGAUUCCCGUUGGAGAUUCUGCAGAUCGGCUUGCUGAUUCUGAACAUGCUCAAGAGGCAUACUCUGAAGGAAGAUAGUAACCAUCCGGAGCUGGAGCUCUACUCCCUUCCUUACUACAGGGUCAUCCCACAAUUGCUGCUCUUCAUCCUCGUGGGCCUCGUGUAUGCGGUGAUUGCCCCGCUGCUGCCGCCGUUCUUGCUCGUCUACUUUGCCCUGGGAUACGUGGUCUUCAAGAAUCAGAUCAUGCAUGUGUACGAACCGGCCUAUGAGACAGGAGGACAGUACUGGCCUCAAGUGCACAACCGCAUUGUGGCAGCUCUGUUUCUGAUGCAGAUCACGUUCGUGGGGAUAUUCCAAACCUCCAUGUCCACCCGUGUCUCUGCUCUCGUAGUUCCCCUCCCUAUUCUUACCAUUCUUUAUUAUCAAUACUGCUUGAAACGCUUCUACCCAGUUUUCGUAAGGUUUUCCGUCGAGAGUACCACGAAGAAGGAUGCCGAGGACGAACGGAAAGGAAUGAAGGACGAGAUCACCAAGUGCCUCGAGAAGGCGUAUCUUCAUCCGGCCUUACAUCCGGUCGAGCUUACGAGACGAGCUUCCGACAGCAACACUGAUCCCCUUCUUCCUUCUGCCGACUCCUCGUCCAUGGCUUAAAUCAUUGAGCCGUCCUCCUGAGCGAGCAGGUUUCUUUCGUCCGGAAGCGAACGUGGUGUGCACUUGCUCAUUUGGGUCGGAUUUCAGUGCAAGCUUCUAUUCUGGUGUUUGUCCAGUGGACAUAAAGUCACUGUGCGUCGUCCAUCCAAGAUGUGCAGUCCAGUUGUGAAUUAGUGUACAUUGUAUUUUUGCUUGUUGAGAAAAUAGGUGCAUAGAGUAACCACCCUUUCCGGGUUUGGAUUCUUGUCUGAAAUUAUUAUGGAGGGAAACUUUCAGCUGAUCCAUCCAGUAUUUGCUGGUAUAUCC